AUGCCUUACGAAGACCGGACACGGCUGCCUCUCCUGCACCGUUGGUACGUGAGGCACAUCUCAGCGUUCAUCAGCAAGCGGCUGGGGGAAAUGGAGGUUCCGGACCCGAAUGACCCUCUGGGAGAGCUGGAUGGACAGGACGGCCCUAUUCCAACUCUGAAAGGCUACUUUCUGAAUUUUCUGGAGCCGGUGAACAACAUCACCAUAGUGCAAGGCCAGACGGCCAUCCUGCACUGCAAGGUGGCCGGAAACCCGCCCCCCACCGUGCGGUGGCUGAAGAAUGAUGCCCCGGUCGUGCAGGAGCCGAGGCGCGUCAUCAUCCGCAAGACGGAGUACGGUUCUCGGCUGCGCAUCCAAGAUCUAGACACGACAGACACGGGCUACUACCAGUGCGUGGCCACUAACGGGGUGAAGACCAUUACCGCCACCGGCGUCCUGUUCGUGCGGCUCGGUCCAACACACAGCCCAAAUCAUAACUUUCAAGACGACUACCACGAGGACGGAUUCUGCCAGCCUUACCGGGGGAUCGCCUGUGCGCGCUUCAUCGGGAACCGGACCAUUUAUGUGGACUCCCUCCAGAUGCAGGGAGAGAUUGAAAAUCGAAUCACAGCGGCCUUCACCAUGAUCGGCACGUCCACGCACCUGUCGGACCAGUGCUCGCAGUUCGCCAUCCCCUCCUUCUGCCACUUCGUGUUCCCGCUGUGCGACGCGCGCUCCCGGGCGCCCAAGCCCCGCGAGCUGUGCCGGGACGAGUGCGAGGUGCUGGAGAGCGACCUGUGCCGCCAGGAAUACACCAUCGCGCGCUCCAACCCUCUCAUCCUCAUGCGGCUGCAGCUGCCCAAGUGCGAGGCGCUGCCCCUGCCCGAGAGCCCGGACGCCGCCAACUGCAUGCGCAUCGGCAUCCCUGCGGAGAGGCUGGGCCGCUACCAUCAGUGCUACAACGGUUCCGGCACGGAUUACCGGGGGACCGCCACCACCACCAAGUCCGGGCACCAGUGCCAGCCGUGGGCCCUGCAGCUCCCGCACAGCCACCACCUGAGCAGCACGGACUUCCCCGAGCUCGGAGGGGGCCACGCAUACUGCCGGAACCCCGGGGGGCAGAUGGAGGGCCCCUGGUGCUUCACGCAGAAUAAAAACGUACGCAUGGAACUGUGUGACGUACCCCCUUGUAGCCCCCAGGACAGCAGCAGGAUGGGAAUUCUGUACAUCCUGGUUCCCAGCAUCGCGAUUCCUCUGGUCAUCGCGUGCCUUUUCUUCCUGGUCUGCAUGUGUCGGAAUAAGCAGAAGGCCUCUGCGUCCACACCACAGCGGCGGCAGCUGAUGGCCUCUCCCAGCCAGGACGUGGAGAUGCCUCUCAUCAACCAGCAUAAGCAGGUCUCCCGCCCCUCCAGGCGCGAUAUCAAAACGCUGAAGGACAAAGCGGAGGGGCCGCUCCGGGAGGAGUUCCGGCACGAGGCCAUGCGGCGGCACCCCAACAUCGCAGCACCUGUCGUGCUGGGCGUGGUGACCAAGGACCAGCCGCUCAGCAUGGUGUUCAGCUACUGCCGCGACGGGACCUCCACGGUCAUCGCUGGUUCGCCACACUCACCGACGGGCAGCACCGACGACGACCGCACGGUGAAGUCCACCCUGGAGCCCCCCCGACCGUUACUGCAUCGCCGUAAGCAGGGCGAGAUCGCCUCGGGCAUGGAGUACCUGUCCAGCCACCACGUGGUCCACAAGGACCUGGCCACCCGCAACGUGCUCGUGUACGACAAGCUGAGCGUGAAGAUCUCGGACCUGGGGCUGUUCCGCGAAGUGUAUUCGGCCGACUACUACAAGCUGAUGGGGAGCGCGCUCCUGCCCGUUCGCUGGAUGUCUCCCGAGGCCAUCGUGUACGGCAAGUUCUCCGUGGACUCGGACAUCUGGUCCUACGGCGUGGUCCUGUGGGAGGUCUUCAGCUACGGCCUGCAGCCCUACUGCGGGCACGCCAACCAGGACGUGGUGGAGAUGAUACGCAGCCGGCAGGUGCUGCCUUGCCCCGACGACUGCCCGGCCUGGGUGUACGCCCUGAUGCUCGAGUGCUGGAGCGAGUUCCCCAGCCGGCGGCCCCGCUUCAAGGACAUCCACGGCCGGCUCCGGGCCUGGGGCAACCUGUCCGCCUACAACAGCUCGGCGCAGACCUCGGGGGCCAGCAAUGCCACGCAGACCAGCUCCCUGAGCACCAGCCCGGUCAGCAACGUCAGCAACGCCCGCUACGGGGGGCCCAAGCCGAAGGCCCAGCCCUUCCCGCAGCCCCCGUUCAUGCCCAUGAAGGGCCAGAUCAGGCCCAUGGUGCCCCCUCCCCAGCUCUACAUCCCCGUCAACGGGUACCAGCCCGUGCCAGCCUACGGGGCCUACCUGCCCAACUUCUACCCGGUCCAGAUCCCGAUGCAGAUGGCCCCGCAGCAGGUGCCCGCCCAGGUGGUCCCCAAGCCUGGCUCCCACCACAGCGGCAGCGGCUCCACCAGCACGGGCUACGUCACCACCGCACCCUCCAACACGUCCAUGGCGGACAGGGCGGCCCUGCUCUCCGAGGCCACCGAGGACGCACAGAACGCCCCGGAGGACGCGGCCCAGAGCCCUGUGCAGGAAGCCGAGGAGGAGGACGGCUCUGUCCCGGAGACCGAGCUGCUGGGGGACAAUGACACUCUGCAGAUGGGUGAGGCCGAGGGCCAGCUGGAAGCUUGA